GGGAGGCCACACCAUGCCUAUCCCGUACCCGCAGACGCAUUCUGCUUUUCCUGGAAUCCAAUUCGGUCCUGUUCAUGAUCGACCUCCUUCUACUGCCCCCUUAUUGUGUGGACAGUAGUGUUCGACGACAGCUUCUCUCCUUCAACAUUCAAAGGUCCAGAAAUGUCAGGACUGGGAAGGGAGUGAAUGGGUUGCGGUUCUUCGAAAGCGACGGAGGUUUCCUCCACCCAAGCCACAAGACAUGCUAAUCCCAACUCUAUCGCUUCCGUCGAAUGGAAACAAAUUCCCGAAGGAGUGAAUGGUGUCAGACGAGGCGGGGGGGCGGGGACGGGGAAUUCCAUCGCAUUCGAAGUGCCUGUUUCAGAGAGUAUCAUCAAGAAGCAUCCCCCAAGGAGGCUCCAGAAAUUGGAGGAUCAACAGAUUGCAACCCUGAACCACCAGACCAUCGAGGAGAAGCAGGCUGAGGCAGACAGGAGGAGGCAGAGGAUUUUGAGUCAGAGAGUGCAAAGUGCGAAGAGGAGAUCGACACAGACUGCCCGAUCUGGCUCCCGAUCCGCGGAUCUGGAUAUUGCGGAGGGGAAGGCACCACCGAUCUUGAGACCCAUCGGAGGAGACGGGGAUGAUGGGGGUGCCAGUCUUUGAUUCUCUCACCAGCGGUUUUUCUCCUCGUGGACCAACUUCAUUUCAUUCGCACGUGACCACAUGAUCCUCGACCAGUGAUCUUCAGACUGCAGAUAUGGCCUGUCUCGACCGAACGGUUGAGAUGUUCUAUUUUUCCAUGAGAAUGUGAUCUGCAUCAUCUCCCAAGUGUUUUUGACGAGAAAUCGCUCUUACGCGCACGAAUUUUUGGACCCCCAAGGAACUUGCACAAUCUGAUCGAAGAUAUUUUCUCAGAUGUUUACUUCAUUCAAAGUUGAACCAUAUAGCGCCUAGAGAAUGGAAAAAUAUUUUUUUAUAUCCAAGGCCAGUGACCUCUCGAGAGACCUCUCUUCUCAAGAGAGAGGGAAGAAAGCAAAUUUUGCCUUGAUGUAAGGAGCGAUGAUUCCUUCCAGUGUCGAAGCUAUAGCAGCUUGUACGACGUGAAACUUGUUUUAAAAAAGCAGAACCAAAAUGUAAGAAGGCAGAAACUGAAAAGUCCCAUUCGCAAUGUCCCUGUCUGCCAGAGCCAGGGGACGGUCAGUACAGAAGAGAGAGGACAAUAUCACCUAACAAAGGUUAGACCAUGAGAGCUGAGGCAGAUGUUUGGCUGUCUGAAAUUCAGCUCUUGAUUGAAAAUGCUGCAGAUAUUCAUAAACCAAACAUCUCUGAGAAUGCGUGAGGGACGAAAACUGGUGGCAGACUCUCUCUUCAUCGUACGCAUGGGGUCCAUUUCGCUCUCUCGUUCUCUUUCGUAACGCCCAUUGGAGAAAUUCACAUAUGCAAGUAACCAAAAAUGCAGGCCUAAAUCUUCUAAAUGGCGACAUGGGUACCUUUGAGCAAAGUGGAAACUAAAAGCAAUGUCGUCUCACCAAGUAUUUCCCUUUUGGGACAUUACAAUACCUUGAAAUGUGAUAAUUGGAUGUAUUCUACUGAUUGAGGCAAUCAGCAGACGAUGCUCUGUAGGAGAUCGAUCAUCUUUCUAUCUCCUGAAUCUUCGUACAUCGAUUGAAAGUACUAUAGAAUAGCGUGAUUAUUUUGGUCGUUGCUACCUUUUUUUAAAAGUUUUUUUCCUUACUGCUUUACCUAUUAUUUGGUUGCCGUUAAUCACACAAUUUCGUUUUCAUUUUCUCGUUUAAACGCAAAAAAAAGAAAUGUAAGGUGACAAUAAAAGGAGUCCUAUCAUGAUUCUUUGGAAGCAAUGCCAAGGUGCUCCUGGCGCGUUUAACAUUUUGCAACAGUAUAUUUAAAAAAAAAAUAAACAUUAACACAGGGUAACAAAAAUAAUCCUCUCAUGCAACUACGGAUUCCUAAGAUUUUCAAUUAAAUAGACAGAAAAUUGUGAUACAUAUAAAAAAAAAACCAAGGUAAUAUAUUGUAAGACAAACAUACAAUACGUUUUGAUGAUAAAAUACUGCGAAUCUAGAAAAACAUAGGAAAUUAGAGAUGGACGACAAUAUAAACGCGCGAGACAACGAUGUUGAAUUCUCCAAACUAAAAUUAUUCCUCCCUAACCCCCACGCAAUUUCAUCUCCAUUUCCCUUGCCAAAAUAACUUCGCUUUUCUUUCUGCCCUGUUACCAACAUCCCACUUCGCUUCUUGAAUUCCUAAUGUCGGCUGUAAUAGCGUGGAAACGCACAUUAUAAAUCAGGAAUUGGAAAGUAUUCCCGGUGGUGAUGAAAUAAAAUGACUUCAUUCCAUGGCACAUGAGAUUAAAA